CACAUAGCCAGCUGAGGAUCGCUUAUCGAUCAGUGUAAUGAUCAGCUGAUAGGCGGCCAGAAGUGUCACCAAACACCGCGGACAAAUGGCUGACUCUGUACACUAAACACCUACAGUCAGGAACUCGACACCGACUCCAAUCCCAUCCAACUAUUAACACACGCCGACCAGUAACACACACUGUCGUUACAUUUUCGAGGGAGAGAACGGAGAACUCCACAGUGGAUCAAAACUAUUAGAAAACUUUGAGCAGGGCGUGACGUAUCUGUCCUGUCUUAGCCUUAGUUUCGAUUGUGACGUCAUCAAUCGUGUGACGCCAUAGAUGUUGCUUACGUGAAGGAUCACACCACGAUUUACUGUUUCCACGGGUAGUUUUGGCGUAAUGUCUGCUUUUGAACCCAGCAAUAACAGUAAUCUCCGUGUGAUGACCUUUUGGUCAAGACAUGACCCGAUUAAACACCAGAAAGGUCACACUGACCAUUGGUCAAAAGCUAGACAGAAGUCGGGUUCCUACUCAGUGUCUUAUGGCGCCAAGGGGCUCACGAUCCGUUCGGACACCGAUUUAGACUUGGCGACGGUACGUAAAGCUCAGAGCACCAGGGUUAAGUUCGUUAACGACAAUGUCACAAAAGUCCCAAUACGAUCUAUAGAUGAUAUGAUUUUACAUGGUCUAGACGCAGAACUACCAACACAAAUUUUCAACCAGAGGCCCCGGAUGAACUUUAGCAGGAAGUCAACAAGAACAGGCUAUAAUGAGAGAGCUCGGGAUGGUUUCCGGUACUGGCUGAUUGACCGACCCAAGCCCACAAAAUUUGGCAGAUAUGGUAUCGGGUCCUAUAAGACAGUGCUUGGGAUCGGCAACGCUCCGAGAACGUAAACCUUCUACUGACCCUCACAGAUACAUAUUAUAAUCCGUCAUCAUUAUCGAACAAUCAACGUAUACUGAUUUCCCCCGGAGUCCCAUUGUUUCAUUGUCUACCUGCCCGUCCCCGGGGCCAGUCCCCGGGGCCAGUCCCUCAUGCUGUGUGUACUCCGACUUGGUCUAUAUAGAAGUGAUAUAAGAAAAUGUUUUAUCUAUACUUAUAUAUAUCUCAACAGAACUAACUCUAGCUCGAACUAGGACAGCGCCUACCGAUACAGUAUUACAUGUAUAUAGGAAAGUGAGGUUUUCGCUACCAAACAUGCUUAUUUAUUUAUUUUUGUGAAAUUUGUGAUCUCUGUUUUAUUUUUGUAUGUUCUUCCCUUACACUGUUUGAUUUGAAAUAGCACAUGGCAAUCAUUUUAUUAACUGGUUCAUAAUACCGGACUUCGGGGGAAAUCUGAACCACUUCUGUAAACUAAGGGAGGUAACUCUCACACAUCCUUGUUGUUUCAUAUUCUAUAAUAUAUAUAUUUUAAGUUCUAUUUAAAAAUACACAUUUGAAAAAUAUUAAACAUAUAAUUAUUUUCAGAAGUGUUUCUUUUAUUUAUUCGUAAAAAAACUUAACUUGGAUUAUCUUGGUAACAAAGCUUGGUUCAAAUACCUAUACAGAUGAUUCCAACUGACAUUCGGAUGGAGAGCUACUUUGACCUGAGUAAGAAACAUUUCAAUUUCAGAUCGCGUAUUCCGAUAUCUUUAGUCUCUAUCUGAUGUCCGCUAUUAUAAACUAGAUGCUGGAAGGUGAGAACAUGUGUUCUUUGCAGUGAAAUCUAAACUCGGUUGAUAAACUAUUUAUCCUAUUUUACGGCGAAAAUUCUUGCUUCUUAAACACAUAACACAUGUACAUGUAUGUCCAAGUUGUUUUUACUCAACUCUAUAAUAUGGCGUGGAUUUGUACUACAGUGUGGGAUUGUAACAACGUUCGUUCUUAAGUUUAAAUUCAACGCAAAGUAAUACAGGCUAAAGGAAAUCUUUCUGUGUAAUGGACGGAGGUUACAAUCCAUGUAUAUACCGGUAAUAUACUUCAAUGUUCAAUCCAUGUAUACACCAUUAUUAUACUUCAAUGUCCAUUAAAGUACCUUACACCCACGCACCUACAUUUAAAAGUAUUCUCAAUUAAACAAGUGUACAGAUCUACUUACACAAUUCUAUCAAAAAAAUAUUUUCUAACAUGCGUAGUCAUGUUUUCAAAACAUAUUCCAUUUUAACAAAUACUUGCAUGUUCAAAAUAUAUCCCAAUUCUUCAGAGACAUAUUCUUUGAUUGACAGUUCUUGUGAGAUAAAUCGUUUGUCCAGUACUGGGUGCUUUUUAUGUGCCAUGAAUGGAAUGUUUUAACAGUUCAGUGGUAAUAUCGUAAUGUUUGACUGGUUUGUGUAAUUUCACGUGUAAUAAUACGGUAUGAUGUCUGUAUUACCACAUUUAACCUAAUGCGUCAGACAUUUAUAUAGGAAAUAUAGGUUUAUAUUAGAAAAUUCAGUCGUGAAAUCAGAUGUGUCGGGAAUAUUCAUCAAAAUAUCACAACUGAUUUAUGAACAUGUAGCCACAUUUCUUUAUUACUUAAUCCUAAUUGUUGCGGAAAUGAAUACAUUCAAAUAAUGAUGUGUUAUGUAAAUUAUUAAUGGUAGUCCCGACCGAUUUAUUCUAAUGUUUUAAUAACUUCUUUUUUUCUCAUAUCGAUAUGGCGUCGAUUAACGUUGACGUCAUACAAACAAAGAAAAAGGUAUAAAAAGUCAGAAUAAUUUGGAAUUUGGGACUUUCUUAAUUGGAAUAUUGGGCAAAACUAUCAACCCCAAUCUCGAUGUGCGCUUAUCUGGCCUCAGAAAGAGCGAUCGUUCAGCUUCGCUUGUUUGAUGAGAUAACUGGCUGUAUACUCAUUUUAUCUAUGUCUUCCAAUAAUCCCCCCUCCUGUGACGGGCGUCCCGUAUGUGUUGUUCAGUGAGGUAAUCACUUACUACUGCAAGGAGGCCCCGUCAGGGCUUUACGACCACGACACAGGCAGGUUUAUAUGGUGAACGGAAUGAGACUCCAAACGCUCAAACUACCGAUUCUCAAAAGUGAACGCUCUUAGAAAACACACGAGACUCUUCACUUGUCUUUUGACUCAAACAAUAAGGACAGGUCCUCGUGACUCAAACAAUACGGACAGAUCCUCGUGACUCAAACAAUAAGGACAGAUCCUCGUGACUCAAACAAUAAGGACAGAUCCUCGUGACUGAAACAAUAAGGACAGAUCCUCGUGACUCAAACAAUAAGGACAGGUCCUCGUGACUCAAACAAUAAGGACAGGUCAUCGUGACUCAAACAACAAGGACAUAUCCUCGUGACUCAAAGAAUAAGGACAGGUUCUCAAGACUCAAACAAUAAGGACAGGUCCUCGUGACUCAAAGAAUAAGGACAGGUCCUCGUGACUCAAACAACAAGGACAGGUUCUCGUAACUCAAAGAAUAAGGACAAGUUAUCGUGACUCAAACAAUAAGGACAGGUUCUCGUGACUCAAACAAUAAGCACAGGUUCUCGUAACUCAAACAAUAAGGACAGGUUCUCGAGACUCAAACAAUAAGGACAGGUUCUCGAGACUCAAACAAUAAGGACAGGUUCUCGUGACUCAAACAAUAAGGGCAGGUUCUCGUGACUCUAACAAUAAGGACAGGUCCUCGUGACUCUAACAAUAAGGACAGGUUCUCAAGACUCAAACAAUAAGGACAGGUCCUCGUGACUCAAAGAAUAAGGACAGGUCCUCGUGACUCAAACAAUAAGGACAGGUUCUCGUGGGUUUCCGACGAUACAAAGGUGCGGAUGAGAUAAAAACAA